GGGCACACAGACAGGCUGCCCAUCCUCUUUAUUCCCCACACCGCAGCCGAGAGUCAGAGAGGCAGCAUCGAGCCGAGGCUGGAGAGGAGGAACAGAGCGCAGAGCGGAAAGCGAGUCUCGUGAAAGCAGCGGGGACCCCGCGUACCACUUGGCCGCGAGAUCGAUGCCCUUUACGCCACACCGCCCGGGAGGAGAGCGAGCCCUCUAGGACAUCUGUACCGCCGCGGGAGAGAGAGACAGAGAGAGAGAGACAGAGAGAGAGAGAGAGAGAGGACCCCGCCAACAAGGACCAGACGGAGUAGAGAGGUACGGGAGGGAAGAGUAAAUACCCGAUAAAAGAAGAGGAAGAAGAAGUAGAAGAAGAAGAGAGAGGGAGAGAGAGCGGAAGACAGAGCGCACAGUGGAAGACCAGCCGGAGCCGGUUCUCCUGAAGCUGUUCGCUGGUCACUUCACACCAGGCACAGACCGAAGCAGCUGAGAAGAGCAACUGAUUUGAGGUGGAGAACGGCGGUUAUUGACUGAGAACUUUCUUCCACUAAAGUGUGCGUUGUUCCCUGGCCGGUGAAGGACGGGAGGAGAGCUUUGUGGAGGACUGUGUCGCCAGCAUGCUUCUUUUACAGAAACCUUCCAGAACAAUGAAGCCUGCAGCAGCCUGGAUGCUGACCCUGGCUCUGUCUCUGGCCUUACAGACGCCCUCUCACGCUGCUCCUUCGGGGGACAGUAAGCUGGUGCGCACCGUCAGAGUGAAGAGGCAGGCCCCGGGGGAGGAGUUUCUGGCCUCUGCCGCUCUGUCCAAUCAGAGCCUCGGGGAGCAAGCUGUGGUCUUCAACCACGUGUACAACAUCAAUGUGCCCAUGGAGUCUCUCUGCUCCGUGGACCUGGAGUCCUCCUCCGCUCCAGAUGUCCGGGCUGAUCUGGGAUCCCGACCCCCCAUGGAGGCUCUGGCUGGGCCCACAGAGUACACAGAGCAGACCGUGGACACCGACAGCCAGGUGACGUUCACCCACCGCAUCAACAUCCCCAAGGCGGCGUGUGGCUGUCCGUCGGCCACCACCGUGCAGCAGCUGGCCACCCGCAUCGAGAUGCUGGAGCGCGAGGUGUCCCUGCUCCGCGCCCACUGCGACUCCAGCUGCUGUGGGGACAACAGCGCCACCGGUCGCCUGGACUUCGUCCCGGCGUGCGGCGGCCACGGCAGCUUCAGCUUCGACCUCUGCGGCUGCGUGUGCGAGGAGGGCUGGGGCGGCAAGAACUGCUCCGAGCCCCGUUGCCCCGACGACUGCUCGGGCCAGGGCGUGUGCGUGGAGGGCGAGUGCGCGUGCGACCGCGACUUCGGUGGCGACAACUGCUCGGAGCCGCGCUGCCCGUCCGACUGCUCCGGGCGGGGCCUGUGCAUCGACGGCGACUGCGUCUGCGAGGAGGCCUACACUGGCGAGGACUGCACGCUGGGCCGCUGCCUGAACGACUGCUCCGACCAGGGGGCGUGCGUGAACGCGACGUGCCAGUGCCGGCCCGGCUACGUGGGGGAGGACUGCUCUCUGGUGUACUGCGCCAACAACUGCAGCAAGAAGGGCCUGUGCAAGGACGGCUUCUGCGUCUGCCAGGAAGGCUUCGCCGGCGACGACUGCAACUCAGUGGCAGCUGUCAUGAACGUGCGUGUGCGCGGUGUGACCGAGCGCACCAUAGAGCUGGAGUGGGAGGGAUCCGCCGUACUCACCGACUUCCUGUUGACCUACGCCCCCAGCAGCCCUGGAGGCGUGGAGCUGGAGCUGAGGCUUCCGGGGAACAGCACUAGCUGCUUGAUCUCGGAGCUGGGCGCCGGCGUGGAGUACAACAUCAACGUGUUCGCCGUCAUCAACAACAGCAUCAGCGUGCCCAGCAGCAUCACCGUGUCCACGUAUCUCUCCAACCCCAACGGUUUACUCUUCAAAUCCAUCACCGAGACCACGGUGGAGGUCCAGUGGCAGCCCUUCUACUACUCCUUCGAUGGAUGGGAGAUCAGUUUCAUCCCAAAGGACAACGACGGGGGAAUGACGGCUCAGCUGCCCAGCACCAUCACCUCCUUCCUGCAGAGCGGCCUGCGUCCCGGGGAGGAGUACACCGUCAACCUGGUGGCCCUCAGGGACCAGGGCCGGAGCCAGCCGGUCACCGCCACGGUCACCACGCUGAUCGACGGCCCCACCCAGCUGGUGGUGCGCGACGUGUCCGACACGGUGGCGUUCGUGGAGUGGACCCCGCCCAAGGCCAAGAUCGACCAGAUCGUGCUGCGCUACGGCCUGCUGGGGGGCGAGGGUCCCCGGACCACCUUCCGCCUGCAGCCCACCCUCAGCCAGUACUCACUGCAGGUGCUGCGGCCUGGCUCCCGCUACCACGUGUCCGUGAGCGGGGUGAGGAGAGGCAACGAGAGCGGCCCCGUCUCCACCGAGUUCACCACCGUUUUAUCGUUCUUCUCAGAGAUUGAUGCCCCCAAGAACUUGCGGCUGCUGUCCAAGACCUCCACCACUCUGGAACUGGAAUGGGAUAAUAGUGAGGCGGAGGUGGAGGGAUACCAGGUGGUGUACAGCACGCUCGCAGGAGACCAGUACGACCAAGUCAUCGUGCCGCGCAACGAAGAAGCCACCACCAAGACCACCCUGACAGACCUGAUGCCAGGUACGGAAUAUGGUAUCGGCAUAUCGGCAAUGCAAGGCGCCAACCAGAGUACACCAGCAACCAUGAACGCCAGAACAGGUCUGGACGUUCCACUGGACCUCACCGUCACCGCCUCGACAGACAACACCAUCACUCUGGUGUGGGGCGUGGUAUCAGGCCCAAUCGAUCACUACAAAGUUACAUACACAUCGUCCUCCGGCACCACCACUGAGAAAACUGUUCCUAAGGAUGUAACGACCACCACUCUGACUGAUCUAGAGCCCGGCACGGAAUACACCAUUACCGUGGCCGCGCGGAGGGGGAGGCAACAGAGCACCGCCGCCACCAUCGAUGCCUUCACAGGCAUCCGGCCCGUGACCCACCUCUACCUGUCGGACGUGACGUGGGACUCGGCGGCGGCGGCGUGGAGCGCUCCGGCGCCGCCCGCCGACCUCUUCAUCCUCAGCUACGCCUCGGCCGACGGCACGGACACCUCCAAGGUGACCCUGGAGGGCUCCAGGACCCGCUCCCUGGUGCAGGGCCUACUGCCGGCCACGCACUACACUGUCAGCCUGAUCACCAUCCAGGGCGACGCCACGUCCGAGCCCGUCGACGCCCCGCUCACCACAGGCAUGGACCCUCCCAAGGAGAUCACCAUGUCUCUGGUAACGGAGGAUUCAGUGACCAUCUCCUGGAUCAAACCACUGGCCCCCUUCGACUACUACAAGAUGUCCUACCAGUCGGCUCGAGGACGAGUGGACAGCCUGGUAAUUGACAGCGACGUCACCAACUACACCUUGUCCAGUCUGUUCCCCGCCACCGAGUACGAGAUCAGCCUCACGGCCGUGAUGGGCAGCCAGGAAAGCAAAGCGGCCGGCACGGCUGUCUUCACAGCGAUGGACAUGCCCGCCGAGCUGACGGCCCUCAACAUCACACCGCAAGGAGCCCUCCUGCGGUGGAAUCCGCCCAUGUCCGACGUCGACAACUACGUCCUCACCCUCACCCACAGCCAAGUGACCACAGACACCGUCCUGGUUGAGAGCAACAGGCAGGACCACCAGCUGGCCAGCCUCAGGCCCAGCACCACCUACUCCGUGGCCCUGUACGCCACCAAGGGCCCGCUCACCAGCGGCACCGUCAUCACCAACUUCCAGACACGUAAGCCUUGGGAUUCUCAGGGUCAUCAAUUGGCAUUUUAUGCAUACAGUCGGCAGUUGAAGUGAUCCGUGUUUUAUCUCUUUCUCUUUUUUACGGUUCACAUUUCAAGAAAUGUUUUUGUUUGUUUUUUUUUAUCUGCAAACUAUACGGUUUGUAUACUCGGAUGGCUAAAAUCGUGACUAGACAAUGACUCUCUAUAGACUAUUGAGUCACAGCAGAAUAACGACUGAUACAACACACACAUCAUACCAGGAGAGCUGUUAACCGAACUCCAUGCCUUGCUAAAGGACAUGGAAGGAUAAUUGUCUGUCUUGAAAGACUGCUGUCCUGCUGGGUUGAACCCCAGUACUCUCCUCCAUGUCCUGCAUGAUGAAAAGCCUUUAUCCAUUGGGGAUAUAUGGGAAUUAACAAGGGAGGUUUGCAUGGAGUGCCCAUGUUUGUGUCUGUUUGUGUGU